CUCAAGAACAUGCCAACAUUUCGAUUGGAGAUCAGGGCAUAAGCUUCAAUGUCUUGUUGAGAAGGAAAAUUCAAAUCAGGUUGUAAAUCAUGUGAAUUCGUAUGAAGUGGAAGAUAAUGUUCAUUCAUCUAGUCCUCUUUGCUUGGAAUUUUACUCAGGAAACAACAGUUCCAGGGCCCUGAUUCCAACUUCUUUGUCUCAUGAAGCAACCAAGAAUCCCCAGAAGGAGGUUGAAGAACAAUUGAGAAGCCUAAAAGAAGAAUUGACAAAGAUUAAAGAUGAGAACAAAUGGUUACGGUCAGAGCGUGACGAAUGGGAAGUGAGAACUAGGAAUUCAAUAGAUAGACUUUACAGCUUCAGGAAAGAAAACGAACACCAGCUUUUUAUUUUGAAGCAUGAAAAUGAAUUGAUGUCAAAUGCUGAGAAGCAAGCAACUCAGAUGGUUAACAGUUUAUCUCAAAGGGUACACUACUUGCAAAUUGCAGUGGAAAGUGGAGUUGAAGAGAGACAAAAACAAGAAGAAUAUAUACAAAUGCUGCAGAACGAAUGUGCUAAGGUUAAGAUUGAGCUACAAGAACAAAAGAAGAGUGUCCAAAGGCUUACACUGGAGCUUGAAAAGACUAAAGUUCAUGUGAGAGUAACAGAAGACACAAGGCAGAAGGUAGUCAAUGCUUCCAGUGAAAUUCCAACCAUUGAAUAUGCUGGUGCUGAG